AUGUCCAAUGACAAGACUUUCCUAAGUGGUGAUAGAUUUAUACCAACUUCUUCAUCAGUGCUGGCCUACAAAGUUUGGUUGGAUGCAGAGCCAAAAAGCCCAUCGUCACACAACAACACCAAUGAAAUGAGCUUUUCCUUUCGUGAUGACUCAUUUAUAACUACUGCAAUACAAUCACCCACAAAUUUGUCCCUGUCCCCAAGGUCAGCCACUAGCUCAAGUUCAGCAGAUAGUUCAAGCCAUCCAAGGUCGACUCUAGUUCCUCCUAAUGACCUUCAUCAGGAAGUAGUGGCAGAGGCUUUGAAUUUCAACUACUGCUCGAAGGUGCUAAAGUUUAACAAUGCAUACACACAUCAGCCUGUGAGACAUUUGAACAUGCAGAAUUCUGACUCCAUUGAGAGAAUAAUAAACAGGUCAACAACGAUAAGACAAAAAACAAAAGUGAAAUCAAUAAUGGCUUCAGAUAUCUUGCAAGCACCUGGAUUGAGAAACGACUACUACUCAAAUCUAAUUAGUUGGUCACCAAAGACAAAUAGAGUCAUUGUUGGGUUAGGGUCGAGAAUGUACUUGUGGGGAGCAGAUAGCCAUGUCGUUCAAAUAAAUUAUGAAAAUGAUGACCUAAUCACAGCAGUAAGCUGCUCGCAACAGUUUUGGAUCUUGGUGGCUACUGCGAAUGGCAAAAUUUUAUUGAUUGACCAAAGGGAAGAUGUUAAUGGAGUCGUUGGCGAAUUUAAUGUUCCCGAAAACAAAUGCAUAUUCUGCUUCACCUGGUUCAACGACUCGGAACAUUUUUUGUCUGGAGAUGACAGUGGUGAGGUUUAUAUUAUGCAGAUCAAACAAUCAUUCAACCUCGAACUUGAAAUAGUCAAGACCUUCAGGGCCCACCAGCAACAGAUUUGUGGUAAGCAUGGUAUUGCGCUAAACUCAAGCAACGAUGAAAUUGCUGUGGGUGCAAAUGAUAAUUGUUGCUCGCUAUGGAGUUUACCCGAUUUUCAGUCGCCCUAUUUGAAAUUUGUGUUACCACACAAAGCAGCCAUAAAGGCGUUAAGCUUUUGUCCUUGGACGACAUCUUUAUUAGCUACGGGUGGUGGUAGUAAAGACCGUAAAAUUAGGUUCUGGCACACAACAAGUGGGACGUUGUUAAAAGAGUUCUACACCGAUGGCCAGAUUACGUCAUUGAUUUGGUCAAAGUACAAAAAGGAGAUUGUGGCAACAUUUGGCUUUGGUGGGUCAACGAAAUCUAACCUUAUGAGGGUUUACUCGUAUCCUGAAAUGAUUCCCGUGUUGGAAGUGAAUGCCACUAGUAACUUGCGUAUCCUAAGUGCUACAACCAGUCCCGAUUUUUGUUCCGUUUGUGUAGCUACCAAUGAUUCAACAAUUAGAAUUUACCAUUUGUGGGACAGAACAGUUGAGAUUUCACCCGCAUCAAAUUCUAGGAUCAUAGGUGCCUACGGAAGCGAUAUAAUUGAACUUGCGGAAGGAAUUAGCAUAGACUGUCCUGGAAUACGAUGA